AAAAAAAAUCAUCCAAGUACCUCAACAGAACAAAUUAUUCUUUUGCUCAUCAUCAACGCAGCAGUAUUAGCGUACAAAUAUCGAGAUGGAGAAAUCAUCCGUCAAACUCAUCUCUAUGUGACUUGUUCUCUUCGUCGUCGUCGCUCAAUGUACGUAAUCAUCUUCUCGAAUCUCUUCUCCUGUUCCUACAUUCUUAAGAAAAAGAAAAAUAAUUGACCACAUCCAAAUACUUAUGUUUCAAACUUUUGACUCAGCAUCAACCAUAUAUUAUGAAUUUUUAUUUUUUUUAAUUUUUUUGACAGAUGGAGAAAUGACAAGAUUUGGAGUAGAGGCAGAUCUUAGUUGCACAAAAGAUAAAGAGUGCUUCAAGAUUUGCAAAACUGGGUGCCACGACAUCCCCGGAUUUAUUCAUUGUCGGUGUGUCAGUAAUAUAUGCAUGUGUAUGCGCCCUGACGCCGCCGGCGGGCCCAUUCCCGUCAACGUGACCGCCGGUGCUAUAUAAUCUAUAAUAUUUAGUUAAUAAAAUCAAUAAAUUGUAGUUGGUGUCUCGGUGAUUUUAGUCAUUUUAAUGCAUUAUUUUUUGUCGAAAAAAUCGCUUACAUUAACCAGAAGUAACAAGUUACCUAAAACUUAAAAUAUCCGACUUCGACUUUGCACUCAAUGUCGAUAACUCCAGAUAUUUAUCAUGCACCUUGAUGGCCCGACCCCUCCAGUCGAGCAUCCAUAUCUUUCCAGUCAAUGACAAAAUAUUCUUACUAAAGUAAAAUGCCAAUUUCUAGAGAUCCACUCCAUGCCCACGAUGCCCCUCCAUACUCUAGACGCGAACAGAAGAGGGAAUAGAGAUCGUCAUGUCGCAACUCUUUGGUUGACUUAAAAAAAAUUAUGUCGAUUUCUCGUUCAUCGUAACAGAGAAUGAAGGAGUAGAAAUACACUAUCGAAUCCAGUUGAUCCAAGUAGCACAAAAGCCCAACCGAUGCAGCAACACUACGAGUAAGUGUUGUAUCUCUUCUUGAGUUAGUUUCCUUCGAAUUUGUAAGGCGGAUACUCAUGUAUUGGUCUAUGAGGAUUUAUGGAUAUAUUUUCUUUGUUUACAUUCUAUCUAUAUUUUCAUUACUCUGAAAAAAAAAGCCUUUUAAGUUUUUAUCUUAAGCUUAUGCGUCACUCUAAUGUAUUAAUUAAUUACUAUCUCAAAUAAAUAAAUAAACCUGAAAAACCUGACAGUCGGUGCUGGCUUCCUUCCCUGCUUGCCCUAAUUCUAUAAGACGGGGAUCUCGUUGCUUGCUCGCUCCCCUGAAUCGCAACCGAGAGAAAUUCACGGCGGCUUUCUCUCCGGUCGACGGCGGUGGCGAUGCUCUAUUUAGGUAAUUUGCGUUCACGAAUUCUUUAAUUAGCUCCGACGGAAUAAGGGUAGAAAGAAGAAAGAUAGUCAGAUAGCGAUUACUGCUUGCCCUAAUUCGCUCAGAAUGCGACCCGAGGUAAUAGGGUUGCGAUUUCUGCCGACCGAUCAGGAAUUGGUAAUCGGUUACUUGCUCGGCAAGCUAACGGGGAUGCCGCUUCCUUCCGACAAGCACGUUUUCGACUGCGAUCUCUACGGCGGCGAGGAGCCGUGGGAGAUUUGGACGAGAUUCCGCGGCGGCGGAGCUUGCUCUGGUUUUCGCUAUUUUGGAGACGACGAAGCAGAGGAUCUAUACUUCUUGACGCCUCUAAAGAAGAAGAAUCUGAAUGCCAUCCGAUUAGACCGGAGCGUGGGUUCCUGCGGCGGGUCUUGGCACGAGGAGUCCAGCAACGCGUCCACCUCUUCCGACGGCCGGAUUUCGUGGGUCAUGAAGAGGCUCUGCUACAAGAGGAAGAACAACAAGAAGAAGAAGAAGAAUCAGCAGCAGCCUAACUAUGGCGGCGGCGGAGGGUAUGACGAUCAGGUAACGUGGAUUAUGCACGAGUACAGCUUGGAUCAGCCGCUUCCGUGGCUGGGGCUCGACGGCGCGUCGUUCAAAAGCCAUGCGCUCUGCCGAAUUCGGAAGAAGGAAACCGCUAAUUACAAGAAAAGGAAGCUUGCGGAGCCGCCCAGGGUGUUCCUUGUUGAAAUUGACGAGGAUGGCUACAGGGAAGACGAGAAGAUGGAAAUUGGGCCGCCGGCAGCUCUUACUACUGCUACUACCACUUCCUUCUCCGAUCACUCUGUUUCCGAUGCCGCCGCAAUCCCCGAUUUCAAGAUCAUUAGUGCUUCUUCUUUUUUCCCUUACUACUCUGUCCCCACUGCCGCCACUGCUACUACUUCUUCCGACCACUGUGUCCCCGCUCCCGCCAUUGUUGCUACUUCUUCUUCUUCCACCCACUGUGUCCCUGCUACUACCUCAGGUGACGACUCUGCUUCAACACCCACAUUGUUGCUAGCAGCUGAGGUGCUGGUGUCACCGAAUCCGGAUUGGGAUGUGUUGGACUUCGGGGAGUUUCUUCAGGAUGAUGAAUUUUGCGGUGGUGCUGCUGAAUUCUGCUGCCAGAGUAAUGGCAAUGCUCUGCCUUUGAGCUGCUAGGUAAUUAAGUAAAUUAAAAGGGAAAAGUCGUGGAACUAAGAUUAGAGCAUCAUUAAUCCCCCUAAUUAGUAAUUAGUGCCCCCUCCUGAUCUUUGGCCAAAUAGGCCAUCUUUUGACUGAUCAUCAUUAACUAUUGAGUUCUCAUGAGAAGGGGAUUAUGUCUUGAUUUACUGUUAAUUUCUGUUGGCGGGUGAUCAGUGAUGAACAGUGAAUGAGAUUGAGAAAUCAAUAGCUUUUUUUGCUCUUGGCCCUUGCAUCAUGUAGCAAGUAGAGCAACUAGCAAGUCGAUUCACUUGCUAGGAAGUAGGAGUGGUUUAAAAACCACGGUUAAUUGAACUAUUAAUCACAUAAUUGAAGACUCGUUUUUUUUCCCUUAAAAUGAAUAUAAAAAUCGCUA